AUGUCGUCUGAACACGAGAGCACGGUGAUUUUCGGCAGUCGGGCUGACCUUCGCGCAGAGCGGAAACGCAAGCGUGAUGAGUCGGGGGACUGGGACAUGCUUAGCCACCCAGACUUGCGGAGCAUUCUGCAGCAGAAGGAGCGGCUUGGAAACAUUUUGAUGAAGUAUUACCCCACGCUCCUCCAUUUACCUGCGGAUGCCAUGCCUGAGACACCGCCUGUUGGCAACCAUUCCUACACGGUCAAGCCUGCAGGAUGCUGCAAGAUUAUGGUUAAGCUGGACAACUCAAGCUUUGUGGUGAAAGGCCUUGGACAAUCACAGAAGUUUGGCUUCGGGAUGAAGUUCUACGUGGGGAGUGCCGACGAUUUGCCACUGAGUGAGCGAGUUAUGCCAGGGCUUGUCGCAGUGGCUUGGGCAGAGGCCCAGGUCCUGGCAAGGAAGUGGCAGCAGAAGAAAGAUUCCGAGCAACCUGAUGUCUCGCCCAGCUGCGAUGCAACAACUGAGCCAUCCCCCAAGGAUGCCUCUUCCGGAAGCGAAACAACACUGGCUUGGGAGCAGUUCAGCCCUGAUCGACUUUGA